GAGAGAGAGAGAGAGAGAGAGAGAGAGAGAGAGAGAACGAAGGCGGGGGGGGAGAUUGUGAUUUAGUGCUCUGGUGGGUGAAACAACCCCCCACUAACGAAGAGGAAAGCAAUAGAAGAAAAGACCAAAAGGACAAAGCCAAACGGAGUUUUGGUCAUCUGUUUCUUCAACAAUGAGCUCAGAAAAGGGGCCUUCAGUCUGUUGUUGUAAAGCCUGAUGUCCUAACAUACAGGGGAGGAGACUACAAUACAUAAACAUUCUGAAACACCAUGUCUCGUUCAGAUGAGGUCAACAAGAUGACAGAAAACGUGUAUAAGGGGAUUCUGGACCAGUUCAACCCCAGUCUGAAGAACUUUGUGACCAUGGGGAAACACUAUGAGAAAGCCCUGACAGGAGACACGUUAUUCCAGAUGGCCGAGGUGCACAGGCAGAUUCAGGUUCAACUGGAGGACGUGUUGAAGCUGUUCCAUUCUGAGCUGCUGUCCCAGUUGGAACAAAAGCUGGAGUUGGAUAUUAAAUAUCUUACUGCCACGUUGAAGAAAUAUCAGAGUGAGCGCAAGUCGAAGUCAGAAUCUAUCGAGCGCUGCCAAUCACAGCUCAAGAAGCUGCGCAGGAAGAGCCAGGGCAGUCGCCAUCCCAACAAGUACGGAGAUAGGGAGAUGCAGUAUGUGGAGCUGAUGAGUCGUCGUCAGGCUGAGCUGGACACGCUGGUUGCCGUGGGUUACCGCUCGGCGCUGACGGAGGAGAGGAGACGAUACUGCUUCCUGGUGGACCGCCAGUGUUCCGUCACCAAGCUGCUCAUCAACUACCACUGCAAGGUGAGAGAGCUCCUGUCACAGAAGCUGUCCUCAUGGCAACAGUCAUGCUCCCAGCCAACCAGACUACCUGAACGGGCACUAAACCUGCUGCGUCACACCGCCCCCCAGGGCUCUGGGGCAUCUGGGAUAGCUGAGCUCCUCCGACACGCCAAACUGGGCGCUGCACAGCCAGAACAGAGGCUGUCAGUACAGGAGGUCCCACCCCUGUUGAAUGGUGGCUCCCAGCAGCAGAGGCCCAUCCGCUCUUCUUCCCAGAGUGACACCCCCCCCUCCCCAAAACUCCCCCGGACCCCAGACAUUCCGCUCCCUCGCUGCCACUGGAGGGGCCAUUGGAGCCAAGCCCAGCAGUCCUCUCUCCUCCUGGCCACCAGCACCUCCAGCCUCUCCCCAAGUCUCAUCCCCUCCACUGUGCUUUCUCUCAGCCAGGGCUCCCCAUCCUACUCCUCCCUACAGGGCCUGGCCCUGCCGCUGGGGCUAGGAGGAGGGAACACACCAUUGCUGUCCCAUAAUCCCAUGCUGAUGAAGGCAGCGGAGAUGUAUGGAACGUCUACACUGCCGUUGCCUAGGAGACCGGUCAGCGAGGCCCGGGUGGGAGUGUUUAUGGGUUCCACUCUGCCCAGAGACAGAGUUCUCCCUCUCUCCAGCCCGUCUCGUGUGGAAGCCAUAUUUGCCCACGCUCCUGGGGGGUCAGAGGGCAGUGGAGGGGGCGGGGCCUGCUUACUUCACUUUCUGCCAGGUGAUGCUCUCAGCCUCCUCAUCUCUGAGCCCAGAGACGGGUGGCACUAUGGCCAGAAUGAACGGACUGGACGGAAAGGCUGGUUCCCUUUCUCCUACACUCAGCCCUACCCCAACACCUUGGAUCCCCUCCACAGCAGCUCCCCGCUCCUCUCUAAGGUCAACAGCACCAGUACGGGUCAGUUAGACAAGCUGGUCUCCCCUGGCCUGCCUGCCCUGACCCCUGAGUCUGAGGAGGAGUGCUCGUUCCCCCCUCAGAGGGUCAGCACCUUCCGCCCGCGCCCCUACAGCAUGGCCGACUCCAACCAGGUCAGCCUGAGGCCGAAGGUCAGAGGUGAAGGGGUAGAGUGGGCAGGGCCCUCUAACCGACCGGCUCUGUCAAUGCUGAUGCAAGAGCUCUCAUCAGACUUCGCCUCUCCUCCACCAACCUGGACCAACCCAUUUGCCCAUAUCCGACUCAGAAAGACGGUGACCAACGAUCGCUCUGCACCAAUCAUCGAAUAGGACAUGGUCUCCUUGAUCAGGCAACCAAUGGAGAGGUGUUAAUAAGGAAACGUUCAUGUGUUUUGAAUUUGUUCUCAGAGGCCAGUAACUGUGUUGGUUGAGUUCUCAACUGUUGAGCCUUAAGAGAAAGCCUUACGUUAACCUUUCUGUUCAUGUUGGUUAUUUACAAGGGCUGAUUAGAUGUGUAUUAAUCAGGCCUAAUUCAAAAUACAGACACUUAUGUGGUGUUAUUUUGAUGAUAGAAGAAUCAAAGCCGAAAUUUCAGUGACAUUACAGUGAUUGUCAAAGACCCUUUGGACAAAAUGAGAUGUAGCUUUCAGCUGGUGAAUCAGAUCUUCAAUAAAAAAAAAUCCACCUUAGUAUUUGAGAAUUAUAGCGGGAGUUGGAAUAUAGAGCACUGCGAUGUUAGUAAAAACACAAACAGAGGAAGGCCAUUUUGUCGGCAUGUCCAACAGCCCUGGGCAUUACUGACUAUAAGAUCAUUUUAUCAUUUUAUGUUUAUUUUCAUUUCACAACACUUUUCUAGAAGUAACCUUGGUAGAAAAUGUUUUAUGUUAUUUUGUCUGUACCCGUUCAGGGACUGGUUCCUGGUAGCAGGCUAUAGUUAGGUAAUAGUUUUAAUGAAUUAUAGCAUACUUUACUUUUACCAUUAGGAAUUGUCUUAAAGGACAGAUUUUUGAGAAGAGAGUUUUUGCGGAGAGGUGUGUGAUCCAGGAAAUCGAAACAUGUUGAAGACUUGUCAUGUUUUUUUUCCAUUGUUGGGAUUCAAUACGAGUAUUUUUAAGCACAUUGUUAGCUAGGCAGAUUUAUUUUCACAAUAGAUGCAGACCUACCAAUCACUCAAUCCUGAGUGGCGCAGUGGUCUAAGGCACUGCAUCGCAGUGCUAACUGUGCCACUAGAUCCUGGUUCGAAUCC